GCAAACUACGCGUAACGCGCGCACGUAACUACAACAACAACAACAACAAACAACCAAGUAUACCAGCAACAACAACAAAUUUAUGUAUAAGCUAAAAGUAAAAUUUAAAAGCAAAGAUUUAACAACAACAACAACAAAACAUGUGCCUGUGUUAAAACAAGAAGAAGAAGUUAAAGUAGAUGAGUAGUAGAUGAAGAGAAGAAGAAGAAGAAGAAGCAGCAGUAAGAGAAAAAAAGUGCAAGCAACUUAACAGAUAGAGAAAAAUAUUUUUGAAUAUAAGAAAAAGAAUAACAAGAAACAAGUGAAUAACCAAAGCAAAGCAGAGUCGUGCAUCUCUCUUAGCAGGAGGCCCGGCCCAAGGAGCUCCAUCCAGACGCCGACGCUAGUGGCAACACAAGCAACAACAACAACCACACCAACACCAACAACAACAACAACAACAACUCGUUUUGUGUUGCGCCAAUCGCUUGCACACUAAAAGUGGCACAAAUCGGGUUAGAAGUCGCUCCCAGAGCAUUAAUGGCUCAGCCUAGGUAUGACGAUGGCCUACAUGGCUAUGGCAUGGACUCGGGUGCUGCUGCGGCCGCCAUGUAUGACCCACACGUUGGUCAUCGGCCGCCCGGUCUGCAAGGUCUGCCCUCGCAUCAUUCACCACACAUGACGCACGCCGCGGCAGCGGCCACAGUUGGCAUGCACGGCUACCAUUCGGGGGCCGGGGCGCACGGUACACCUAGUCAUGUAUCACCGGUUGCUAAUCACCUAAUGGGCGCAAUACCCGAAGUACACAAACGUGAUAAGGAUGCGAUUUAUGAACAUCCACUAUUCCCGCUCUUGGCGCUCAUAUUCGAGAAAUGCGAAUUGGCCACAUGUACGCCGCGUGAGCCGGGCGUGCAAGGUGGCGAUGUUUGUUCGUCAGAAUCGUUUAAUGAGGAUAUUGCAAUGUUCAGUAAACAGAUAAGAUCACAGAAACCCUACUAUACCGCAGAUCCCGAAGUCGACUCACUGAUGGUGCAAGCAAUACAAGUACUUCGGUUUCACCUUUUAGAAUUAGAAAAAGUACAUGAAUUAUGCGAUAAUUUCUGUCAUCGAUAUAUCUCAUGCUUAAAGGGUAAAAUGCCAAUAGAUUUAGUGAUUGACGAACGGGACACCACCAAACCACCAGAAUUAGGUUCAGCAAAUGGUGAAGGAAGAAGUAAUGCCGAUUCAACAUCGCACACCGAUGGAGCUAGUACACCAGACGUUCGGCCGCCCAGCUCAUCGUUGUCCUAUGGGGGCGCAAUGAACGAUGAUGCGCGCUCGCCGGGCGCUGGUAGUACACCUGGUCCUUUAUCACAGCAGCCACCUGUCUUAGAUACAUCAGACCCUGAUGGUCGAUGGUGUCGAAGAGAAUGGUCCUCACCUGCCGAUGCUCGAAAUGCAGACGCCUCCAGGCGAUUGUAUUCCUCAGUCUUCCUUGGUAGUCCUGACAAUUUCGGAACGAGUGCAAGCGGUGAUGCCAGCAAUGCCAGCAUAGGCAGCGGGGAGGGCACCGGCGAGGAGGAUGACGAUGCGAGCGGCAAAAAGAACCAAAAGAAACGUGGCAUUUUCCCAAAAGUAGCAACAAACAUAUUGAGAGCGUGGCUGUUUCAGCAUUUAACGCAUCCCUACCCAUCCGAGGACCAGAAGAAACAAUUGGCGCAGGAUACUGGCCUAACGAUACUGCAAGUUAACAAUUGGUUCAUCAAUGCGCGGCGAAGAAUUGUGCAGCCGAUGAUCGAUCAAUCGAAUCGUGCAGUUUAUACACCGCAUCCAGGUCCCUCCGGUUAUGGUCACGAUGCCAUGGGCUAUAUGAUGGACAGUCAAGCGCAUAUGAUGCAUCGUCCGCCCGGCGAUCCGGGCUUCCAUCAAGGCUAUCCCCACUACCCGCCCGCUGAGUACUACGGCCAGCAUUUGUAAUGCAAUCUAGAGGGCGGCGGUGGGUGCGAGGCGGCGCAGCGCAGUGCUGACGAUAGCGACAAAGCCAAAAUCAUAGCUUAAAUUUACUACUAAACUGUGGAGAGAGGAAAGCGGCAGCAAUAGCAACAACAACACCAACAACAGCAACAACAACACGCUGGGAAGGAUCAGCAACAGGAUAAAGGAAACGCGUGAGCAUUCGCUUCUUGAUUGAAGGCAGCAAUGAAACUGUACUACAAACUUAUUAGCCAUAGCAGUUGGCAGCUGCAACUGUUUCGAUCCUCCAAAUCGGACAGGAGAAGAUAUAGAAGCAGGAGCAGAGAGGAGAGAGAAGAGAACCCCCUUCAAAGUACACCCAACCAAGUGGCAAUAUCAGUCAGUAAUAAACGAAAGCAAGAAAUGAAAAACAAAAAACACUGUAGUAAAAUCUUAAAAGAAUAUGAUAUUAGCAAAGCAAAAGGAAAUAAGCAACAACAAAUAUGAAACCAGGAGCAGGCUAAGUGUCUGCUCGACAACAAAAACAAGAAGAACAAGCAGCACACCAGCAAGCAACAAUUUUAAAGAAACUAUUUGUGUAUACUUUAAACAUAAAUAACAAAAGAAAAGAUAUUUAUGCAUAAACAAAAGAAACGCUUAGCUAUAAGUUAAAUAAACGAUACACACACACACAUUAACACAGAUACACACACACACACACACACAACAAUAACGACAACUACUACUACAAAAUAUCAAAGUGAAAUGCAAAUUUCUAAUUUAUUUUCAAGCUACAAAAGGCAGCUGCAGCAGCAUGGCAGAAAUGAAAGCAAAUGGAACCAUUUUAAAGCAUACAUUUAGGCGCAUCCACACACAUACACACUCACCCACACCUACAAAAACACAAAGAUUUGAGCUAAAUUUUGUUUGAAGCGAGCCAAAUAUUUGAGUUAAAAGAAAAAAAUUUUAUUUCGUUUGUUAUUUUCGAGUAGAGCUUAAUUUGAAUUUGAAUUUAGAUUUAUAUUUUUCUAGAAAUUCUAGUGAAUGCCUCGCCCCUCCAAUUGAAUAAAAUGAAUACAUGUUCGGGCCUUGUCUGAACAGCAACAACAAGAAGAGAAGCAGUAAAAUCUUUACAAAAAAACAUAAACUAAUUCAAGAAAUUCUUUGCUAGUUUUUAGUUUCUUUUUAGCCACGUAACGAGUCAGUUGUAGGAACGCUUUGUUUUCAAUAUACAUAUAUGUACAUCUAUAUAUGUAUAUGUAGUUGUAUGUAUGUAUGUAUGUGUACAAGUGUGUAUAAACAGAUGAAUAACCAACUAUAAAUAUUCAUAUACAUAUAAAUAUAUAAAUAUAACUGGAGUAUACAUGAAACCUUAUGUUUAGUGCACUAAUUUAAAUGAAUUGAAUUGUUUUCUAAUUUUACGCAAAAGUUGCAAAAGUUAAGCGAAUGAAAAGGAAUUUAAUUUGUAAACGUUUUUUCAAUUGAAAUUGUUUUGAAUUUUCUUUGUGUGUAUUUGUAGUAUUAUUUCCAAGUAAAU